AUGUACGUGCUAGGGAAUGAUUUAAGUAUGAAUGCUGUGAAACAGUUUAUGCUUCGUACCUGGAAUUUUGUUAAACUCCCUGAACUGUUUUACCAUGAUGAUGGUUAUUUCUUGAUGAAGUUCAAGAAUAACAAAGAGAAGGAAAUGGUACUUCUGAGAGGCCCAUAUUCGAUCCAGACUAUGCCUAUGAUAUUGAAGAAUUGGUGUCCGGAAUUCAACUUUCAAAGGGAUAUGAUUCGCACUAUUCCGGUAUGGAUCAAAUUACCUAAUCUACCUCUGCAAAUAUGGGGAGCGUCCAGCUUAGGGAAAAUUGGGAGUGCAGUGGGUAAACCUAUGUUCACGGAUGAAUGCACAGCCAAUAAAUUGAGAAUUUCGUAUGCGAGAAUUCUGGUGGAGAUUGAUGUUACCAAGAAGCAAAAAGAGAGUGUAACAAUUAAAGAUUGCGAAGGAAACAAGUUUAACCAACCAAUUGAAUUUGAGUGGGAGCCAAAGUAUUGCGAUACGUGCCAAAAGGUGGGACACCAAUGUGAAAAAGACAAACCAAAAAUAAUGAAGAAAUGGCAACCAGUCAAAACAAAAGAAGAUGCCAUUGCUGUUGAGGUAAGCACCCCAGAGGUCCCUAUUGAAAACAGUGCUGAACAAUGGACUGAAGUAGCCAAUGUUAGGAAACUGAAGGGCAGAGCUGUUUUUCCAGAUGUUGAGCAAAAGAAUAGUCUUGAAUGUAGCAAUGGUAUUGAUGCCCUCAGGCUUGGAAAUGGUCCUGGAGGUGAAUCAGUCCCUGGGCCAUGA